ACCGGACCACCUUAUCGUGCACGAUGCUACAGAUGCGUCUAAAAACGAACCGGGUAGACUAGUGGCAGCAGCGCUGGCACAGCAUCGUCCAGAAAGCCCCGAGCUGCGGUAUUUGCCUCUGUACACUUCUUCACACAGACCGUCACCAGAAGGUAAGCCAAAUAAAUAAAAGAACCUAAGAAAGAAAAGAAAAUCAUUGGAUAUACGAGAAAAGAGACCUGCGCUCAUCCUGGCCCGCUGCGUGAGAAGAUUAAUUCGGGAAAAAUAAGAAAGCUUCUGUCCGCUUACUUCACACCGGCCAGUGUUGGAAGUAAGAAGAGUCGGGACCUCUGCGCUGUGAAGAACCGCUCCUGUGCCGGGCAGUAGUGUGCGGAGUGCAGCCACAGACUCAGCAGACGCACUGAAGGAGCAGAAGGAAGACAGGAAGGUGGAGGAUAUUUUACGCACAACAGCACCAAGCAGCCCUAAUUUACAAAAACUAGGAGUCUUCUACUCCGCGUAGAAGUUGGUGUUUGGUCGGAUUUGCACUUGACUAAGUCCAUAGAUACAGUUAGACUGUAUCUGGUCGGCCGGUAUGGAUUCCUUCAUUAUAGCGGCGCUGGCAGUGUGCUCUCUAACGGCACCAGUCUAUGGGGACAAAGGGACGAGCAAAGCCCGGAGUUGUGCUGAUAUCAGGCAGUUUUACUUGGGAAAAGGGUUCUCUCUGGAAGAUGUCCCUCAGUCUGAAAUAUCAGGCGAGCACCUGCGCAUCUGUCCUCAGGGUUACACCUGCUGUACCAGUAACAUGGAGGACACCCUGGCCACGCUGAGCCGCACCGAGGUGGAGAGAGUACUCAAAGAUGCCGGACGCUCCUUACAGACCUCACUUGCUGGCCAGUCCAAAAUCUUUGAUGGUUACUUCCGAGAGUUGCUGAACCGCUCCGCAGUUAACCUACAAGAGACUUUCACUUCAUCUUGGGGCCCUCUAUACAUCCAGAAUUCCAAGCUUUUCUCUGAGUUAUACACAGAAUUGACGAGUUACUAUCGAGGCGCCAACAUCAACCUGGAAGAAGUGCUUAACGACUUCUGGACCAGACUGCUGGAGAAGCUCUUUUAUCGGGCAAACAAGCAAUAUUUCAUAGGAGAGGACUACCUGGAGUGUGUAUCUAAGCAGAUAGACACACUACGGCCUUUUGGAGACGCACCCCGUCUAAUGAAGAUGACAGUCACACGCACACUUGUGGCGGUGCGCUCAUUUGUUCAGGGCCUGGUGAUUAGUGGAGACGUGAUACGCAAAGUGUCCCAGGUGCCACUGAGCCAAGAGUGCAUGCGGGCCAUAAUGAAGAUGACUUACUGUCCCCACUGCCGUGGCAUGCCGUCUGCCAGACCUUGUGUGAACUACUGCAGCAACGUCAUGAAGGGCUGUCUGGCUAACCAGGCUGACCUCAACACUGAGUGGAGGCACCUAGCAGAAACAAUGAUGCAGGCGGCUGACCGCUUGGAUGGCCCAUCUGGUGUGGAUAGCGUGAUCCUCUCCCUCCCCAGUCGCAUAUCAGAAGCCAUGUAUACCAUGAUGGAGAAUAUAGCCAGCAUCAACAGCAAGUUGAUCCAGGCAUGUGGCCACCUCAGAGAAGGAGGAACUGGCAGCACAGAUGAUGAAAUCACAAAGAGAGGAAAGGUUACAGUAGAGGACAGGUUGGAAGCCAGCUCUAACAAAAUGGAAACAUUGGUGUCUGAUGUAACAGUAAGACUGAGGGACAUGCAGCCAUACUGGGUUUCUCUCCCAACUCUCCUCUGCAGUGACAGAGUGGCCACUGGAACAGGGUCCGAGGACAAGUGUUGGAAUGGCAUCAACCGCGCCAGGUACCUUCCUGAGGUGAUGGGUGACGGCUUAGCCAGUCAGAUCAACAACCCUGAAGUGGAAAUUGACAUCACCAAACCAGACAUGACAAUCCGCCAACAAAUAAUGCAGCUGAAGAUCAUGACUCACCGCCUGAAGAAUGCUCUAAACGGCCAGGAUGUGGAAUUUCAGGAUACCAGUGAUGACACCAGCGGCUCGGGAAGUGCCAUGUGCGCAGAUGACGUGUGCUCCCGGAGCCCACGCCUCAUUCUCCCCGUCACCGACCGACCACUGCACAUGCCCAGCCUUCCAGAAAACAAGGAGGUGAAAGCCUCAGCUAAGCAGAACCUUCCCUCCAUCAGCAUUUGCCUGCUUUCACUGCUCAUUUUGCUGCUCCGGCGAUAAUUGACAUGGGGAAUCUGCCAACUGGGACUGAGUUUGGGGUUGGGGAGAGUUUAAAAGGGGAGGGAAGAGAAGUUGGGGGUUAGUUAGCUUGCCAAAACUAAAGAAAUUUAAGGAAACAACAACAACAAAUCACGUGGAUGGACUUCCUUUGAUGUUGGAUUGGAGCAAAAUGGAAUUAUGAGCAUUCAUAAAUGUUUUUUGUUCCGUCUCGUCUUUUAUUCUUCCUAUAUUAUGACACCUUUAGAGCUGGUCUUUUUGCAUCUUCUAAUGUUUUGUUUUUGGUGUUUGGUUUCUCUGAGAUUAUAUCUGCUCCUAAAACAUGUGCGACUAUAUUGCUAACAGUAUGUUGGUGUUGACACCACAGGGAGAGGGAGAGUUGAGCUUUUGCAAAGGCACCCAGAUAGUACAUGUCUGUAUACCACUUGUGAUUAGGAGAAUUGCUUAUUUAUGAAUGUUUGUCCCAAAUUGAUUUAAUCACACUUAGAUAUUUAUAGAAAAAAAAUAUAUGCUGACUUUAAAAGGAGAAUUAUCUGGACAGCAUGACCCAUCAAACCUCUUAAUGCAUUAAGCCUCAUAGUAUCAUUACUUGUAUGCACUCUCUCGUGCAGUGAGGAUGAGAGCACUUAGCAUCAGCACUUUUUGCAAUUUCAUCAUGCAAUCUGUAAUAAUAGCCAUGAUCACAGUCUCACUGACAUGAUCGCCUCGGUGUAGGAGUAACGGGGCCUGUCCUGUACUGCAUCCACCCACUUAUUCUUACCCCCCCGCGCGCCCAUCCCCCGGCUCCACCGAGGCUGUCUCCCUCUCUCUCCAUAACCUGCUGGCAGUGUAGCAUCAACUCAACAUUCUGGUCUAAGCAAAGCACAUGCUCAGCUGGGACAGGUCUCAGAUGACAGCAGCUUCUCGCUAUAGAGCACCGUACGUGGGAAGGAGGUGUCGUUUUAAGAUCAACCUCACGACAAAGGAUUGAAUGAAAUGAUCUUGGAAACUUGUAGCAGAGCAGGAAUGCACACAGAAGCAGAGGCGCUGCUGUCCUGCUGCACUUCUUUUAGUAUUCCUUUUAUGUUCACAGCAGAGCAAAAAUAUAAUAUGCAUUAUUUUGUGGGUUCCCUGCAAAGGCCCAGUGUUCCUGUGAUUAGCAUCGUAAUUUCAGUGUCAUAGAUUUUUUUUUUUUUUUUUUGAAUGAUUGCCACAGCGAUCCAUAUAGCAGUAAAAGCCUCACCAUCCACGUCUUUGAAAAGUACUGCUAUAUUUUUGAAUGCUUCUUUGCUGUUUUGUAGAGAGAGAAAAAAAAAAAACAGGCUUUUAGUUACCAAAAUUUUACAAAAAGCCACAUCAUUGUAUGCUCUUACUGCUAUUUUUUUCAUCAUCUAUCAGGAUCUAUGUCCGCCUUUCAUUAUCUGAAAUCUUUCUAUAUCAGUGCCUAUUUUUUUUUCGAACCCCAUCCUCUUCUACCCUUUUCCCCACUCAUCAGUUAUAAUGACCUUUAAAGCGUUCCUCGUGCUUCUGCAUGGUUAGCAAGGCAAUAUGACAGUGACACAGUGCUUCAUUAUGUGUCAAGCUUACUGGGAAUGUUAUGGGAACACAGUUUGAGGCUUUUUCCCAUUUUGAUGCUUGCUAGGGAGAAAACAUGUACCACAUUUUAAUUCAAAGAAAUGUCAACGCUCUCGUUCAGGAGUGCUGCGUGCAGGAUGACGGGACAAUGCUCGCAUACGUGUGUAGUUUGUGUGUGAACGUGCGUACUUGUCUUUGAUUGAAAGCGCAGAAGAGGGACGGACGAUAGCACCUUUUGGAAUCUAGUUUGGGAUGACACAGAAGUGAAAUUAACUAAAAUGUACUGCACUAAUGUGGUGUGAUGGAGUGCUAUUAAACUGACAGCGGCGGGAGCUUAAUACAACUCUUUUUUUUUUUUUUUUUCAAAAAUUGCAUCUUCAGAUUUCUAAAUCAUAAUAUGUAUUGAUGGUAUCUAAUUUCAUGUAACAGCGAGACAGAAUGCAGAGGACUCAAGUGGACAUGAUUUUUAAAGUACAUCAUUACUUCACUUGUGCACUGGGACAAUCCUCUAUAAUUCAUGUUGUGAAAUAUCAUUUACAGUAUAUGCACUUCUUGUUGAUAAUACUCCAAAUGCUUUAGGAUAGCGUGGGGUGCUGUCAGAGUUUUAGAAGUACAUCUGUUAUAUACUUGGUUAGUUACUGCUCUGAAAAGGGGUUGUUGUUGUCCUAUGCGUGACAUGACAGGUUAUUUUAAUGAUAACUUCUUUUCUGAUAUGCUUUAUUAAUGAAUGAUUUGUUGCUGUGUGAAUAUGUAUGUGUCUGUGUGUGCCUGUGUGUGUGUGUGUGUGUGUGUGUAUGUGUGCCUGUGUGUUUCUGUAUGUCUGUCUGUCUUUCUGUUAGUCCCUGGUUAAGAAAUCUGCCUGUGACUGCCUUUGAUAUUUUGAGAUCAAUUUUAAGAUUUAAACAGAGAGAUGUUAUGAUGUAAGAUGUUGGUGGUGAGGAUAAAAAUAACAACUUCAAGAGUACAUUUAGCAAGCACGCCACAUAGGUCCUCUCUUUGUGACUCUCUAGAAAGAUCUGAAUAUGAAUGUGAAGGUGCGCAUGCAGCCCUGUGAUAAUUAAAAAAGUACUUCAACUGUGAUGGUGACAUUCCAGUUCAAAGACGAUUUACAACUUCAGGCUCACAUCUCCAGUUUCAAUGACAGCCUCACAAUGUCAUUAGCUGAAAUUUGCACAACCCCUCCCCAAGCCCACUCCUUCUUGACCUUUUGAUCUCAUUAAUUUGUUGUUCAAAGCCCCAUCCCCCGCCCUCCCUUUUAUAAAACCUGCACUUUUAUGAGGCCAAUAAACGGCAUUGUCUGCACAAAGACAUCACAAGAUGGUUGAUCAAUAUGUGAGUCAACACCUUCCAGAAACAACUAUUGAUUGGGGAUGUGUGUAUGUAGAUAUGGCCCAGCAAGAUCUCUCCUGUUUGACUAUGGUGAAACAGUGUAAACAUGAAGCCCCCAAGUAUGAGAGGAAGGAGAAAAGAUUGUCAAGGGCACUGAUCUCAGAUCAGUGUGUAUGCCUCAAUCCUGCCUUCGUUCAUCACUGUAGGUGGCAAUAAUGCAAAGCUGAUUAUCCAGCCAUUAAAAAAAAAAAAAAAAAAAAGAAACUGAUUUCCUCCACACUGAGUUGAGAAUGGGAGGCA